UGUGCGUAAAACUGAAGUUAAAACAAGGAGAGAUUUCCCCAGGAUUUAACAUAGCUAUGUAAUGAAAAAGUUACAAACGGUUAAUAGCUUCUUCUUUUUUUUACGCUCAGCUGUGCGUCAGCAAGCCAAAAUAGUUUGGGGCUUGGGACUUUCCACAACUAUGUUUACGCACAGGGGAAGCGUCUUGGGUUCAUUCAUGAGUCUAUACCAAUGGCUGAAAGCACAGCUCAGGAUCUGCUGUUUCUCUUGCCUUGGAAGCAUGCUGUGGACGUGACUGUAUGUACCCAGGUGGAUCAGUGACAGCUGGAAGAUAUGCUUGAUUGAUGGGAUGGAGUGACAUUUCCAAUGGGUGGAACAGAGCAUCUGUGGGUACUUGCUAGUUUAUGCCAGGUGGUCUUCUUGCUGACCUGUGAACAACAUUUAAACCCUGUUGAGGUUGAAGUUGUAUUUCAGUCCUUCCCUUCGACUAAAGGUCCAGACACCUACACAGUCACCUGCAGGACUGCAAGUAACCAUCUGGUGUAUGUGGAGCCCAUUGAUCAUUCAGCGUGCACCCCUGACUGCAAAAUGUCACUGCGAUUGGUUGAGGACCCAAGAGGAUAUACAGUCACACUGAGAGCCAGCAGAAAUGAUACUACUCUUGAGGCAAAGACUUUUCACUUCAUUCCAGUCUCCCUGUCCUCCCUUCAUGUAUACAGCACGGCAACUACUGCUCUCCUGACGUGGAAACUUCACAGACAACAAAGCCUAUCCACAUUGAGUCUAUACAGCACUCACACACAAGCUGUCGCACACGUCUUCAACAUAAACUCAUCGGAGGCAAACUCUCGGUACACAGUUAAAGGUCUCCAGCCUGGCACACGCUUCAAGGCCAAAGUUGUGGUGACUACAUUCAUCAAACAUCUUAAUAUGACCUUGAAGCAGAGACUCAGCCGUGGCAUGGAAACAGCUCAGUGCCCCCCUGACUGGUUGGCCGAUGGGAGAAGCUGCUACACUGUGAGAGCGACGGGUUUGACCUGGAGCGAUGCCCAGCACAGCUGCAGAGGCCUGGCUGCCGGGAGUCACCUGGCUGACUUUAAGACCGUGGAAGAUCUGCUUUUCAUAUCCUCUCACCUGCUGAGCCAUAACAACCUGCUGCUGUUAUGGACCGGACUCAAUGACCAGCAGGAGGAGGGGCGUCCUCUCUGGUCCGAUGGCUCAGCCUCUAACUCGACAAACACUAUGAUGUCAUUACUGCCAGCCAAUCAGACGGACUGUUUUGCCCUUCAGAGGAAUGCCACGGGGCCAGGAUACUUUCUCACUCCAUUCUUCUGUAACAUCCCCUUACCCUUCAUCUGCCACUGCCAGACUCCUCUAGUCCCUGCCUCAUUCUCCUUUGACCUGGCUCAGGUAACAGAGCAACAUGUGGAGCUUCGCUGGAGUGACCUCUCACCCUUCAACUCUCUUAAUCUUUCAUCUUUUGAGAUAUUCCUCCAGUACCAAGAGGAGGAAGAUGGAGAGUCGGGUCAAGGUGAAGAAGAGAGAAGCAGGAAGUUAAAGGACAGAAAGGGGACACAGAGCCAGAGCAGAUUUAAAAAAAUUGUCAGGGUCCCCAUUUCCCUCUCCUCCAGAGGGGUAACAGUGGCAGGUUUGUCUCCAGGGAGCGUCUACUCUUUCACCCUUCGAGCCUCUCAUCCUGCUGGCUCCACCUGGAGCUUGGGACAAACACGGACUGCGUACACUAGACCUCUUCCUCCUCAAAAUAUCACCGUCGGCCCCGUUACCGUCAGUCAGAUUAGUGUCCACUGGAUGCUGACAGAUGCACAGUUAAGGGUUGGAUGGACAUUUGUUGUGCGCUAUGUGGACAUGUCUUCAGGACAAGAGAGCAUAGUUGGAAUGAGCAACAUCUCCAGGUUAUCUGAGACCGGUGGGCUGCAGUCAUACACUGCUGUGAUUGGAGGGCUGGAGUCUUACAGGAAAUACAGGGUUGAAGUUUACACCGUCACCCAGCAUUGGAUCGAGAGCUGUGGACAAGCGCCUGUGACUGUACAGACUGCGGUGAGGGCCCCUAGCGGUCUUGUGGUAUUGAGCACGACAGGAAAUCUGACAGCCUGCUGGACCAGUUCACCUCCUGAUGACCCAUCAGAUGGUUAUUAUAUCACAUCCCAACCACAGAUUUAUCCCACUCCAGUCUCACUGUGGAUAAACCAGUCCAGUCCUGGUGCACUCUGGGUAAAUGAGUCUGUGUGUGUUAAUUUGGGCACAUCUACUCCAGGCCAGACUUAUGAAGUUGGAGUGGUCUCACUGAGGGGAAAGGACAGGAGCAAGAGGACCAGAGGCACACACACCACAAAUCCAAUGCCAGUUCAGGUAGCAAUCCCUCUUUCAGUGGGCACGACCUCAGCACUGUACAUCCAGCGUCCACAGCUGGGUCUGAUAGAUGGGGUGAAAGUGUGUGUAUGUCCAGAAGUGUGUGACAGUGUGUGUGAGGGAUUGUGUGGGAGCACAUGCGACUGGUACUCCCUCCCUCCUGGUGUUCAUAUCAUAACCCUGAGCAACCUCAGUCCAGGAUCAGAGCACCAGCUCGUUGUGUACAGCACAAGCCGAACGCAGAUGGGACCACCUUACUACACCCGUCCCGUUAGAACAAGUCUGGCUCCUCCUAACAGAGUGAGGGAAGGUGUGGUGACAGAUUCAUCCAUAGAGCUGCUUUGGGAUCCAGCACAAGGACAAGCUCACAGCUACGAGGUCAUCUGCCUCAACUGCAACCAUUCACACAUGGUGCAGAAGGUGUUCAGUCAGAGUGCAACGUUUUCUAGUCUGACUCCAGGCAAACUCUACCACUUUGCAGUACGAACAGAGAAGGAGUCCUUCACAGACAGUUCCCCUGUCACCAUCAACAUCACUGCAGCUCCCAGCCCAGUGGAAGUGUCUCUUGUCAAUAAAACCACAUCAUCCAUAUGCAUUCGCUGGAGUAUGGUCAGGGGAGUUGCGAGCGGACUCAUCCUGUCAAUCAAAAACAGAACAUCCAGCCAAGAGCUGAUCAUUUCUCAUCAGGAGACCAGAUCUUACAGCUUUGAAGGCCUCGCUUAUGGAAGCCAAUACACAAUUGAAGUGAUUAGCACACGCGGGGAAAGAAGGAGUCAACCUGCUACUAUGAUCCUCCAUACUAUCCCAGAGGUGCCACAGGAAAUGGCUCUUUCAGAGCAGGUAGUGACGUCUGUGUUCGUCACCUGGAGACCACCACCAGGACAGGUGGAGGGCUACAAGCUUGCUUUUGGCCUGCGAUCUUCGGACAGGAAAUCAUGGAGUGAGGUGCUUGUCCGGGGCACACGUUAUGAGAUCAGGGAUUUGAUCCCGGGGUCAGACUACAGUGUCAGCAUCCAGAGUGUGCUGGGCUCAGACACCAGUCAGGCGGUCCACAGAGAGUUCAGCACACGCCCAGCAGGAUUAUGCGCCCUUCAUCUAGGCCACAUGAACUCUUCUUCUGUCUCUGUGAGCUGGGACAGUGCGUUUGGAGAGUUUGACAUUCACAGAGUCACUGUGGCCAACACCUCAGUCACAAACACACUCACUGUGCCCAAGGAGGAGCGGGUUGCCGUGGUUACAGGGCUGGUGGACGGCUGCAGCUACAACGUGAGCGCCGAGAGAGUGAGAGGAGUGACAGCGGGGAGUGCUGCCUCUCUGACUGUAACCACAGUGCCAGCCCGUGUGCGAGGAGUGCGGGUUGUGAAUGUGUCUGCACGUGCAUUCUCGUUACGUUGGGAGCAGGCGGCGGGAUGUGUGGAUCAUUACCAAGUCAACCUGCUACCAAAUGAGGGAGAAGUCACAGUGCACCCUGCACGUGACGGAUACAUUCAGCUAACUCUGCCACCCGGCAUGGCCGCCUUCUCACUCAUCCUGCUGUUCACACUCUGCUUGGGACAGGUACACUCACAGGCUGAUGUGGUGAAUGUCAGUCCGGAGACACAAUACAGUGUAACGGUCACAGCCGCCUCCUCCUCCAACAUCAGCCCUGGAGUCAGCCGCAUGAUCAAUACUAAUGAGAGUGAUCCUGGUACACCUUUCGACCUAGAAGGAGAGCCCGUGGGCUCUAAUGGUAUUCUUCUCAACUGGGACAUGCCUCUAUCCGAUCCAAUCAAUUCCAAUAUUGAGGGUUACAUCAUCAGGUACAAGGAGGUGUGUCCCUACCCCGACCCCAACUUCACACAGGUGACCAUGUUGAUGGACACACCAGAGACCCUGAUCACUGACUUCACCUCAGGCUCUACAUACCUCAUUCAGGUAGCAGCCAUAUCUCCAGGUGGAGUGGGAGCCUUCAGCAAAUCUGUAUACAAAAAGACCGCUGAGUCCCCCCCUGGCCUGGUGACCAACUUGACAGCGUUUGCUCAGAACCACACCUUCGUCAUGGUUACCUGGUACCUGCCGCACCGCAUCAACGGCCUCAUCACAAAGUUUGCCGUCAAGGCUAAACACGCUCGUACUGGACAGACGGUCCGCACGCUGGAGGUCAACGCAGAGGACAUCAUGACCGGAGCGCUGCCUCACUGCAACGAUGCUGCCGAUAUCCUGUCCCGAGCAACUAUCAGUCCCUUGGAGAUAACAGCAUCGUCUUCAACCAUCACCCUCUCCGCCGUGCCCCCUGCAGCCUCCUGGAGUGUGCCCAUAUCAGUUGGAGUUGAUCAGCUACGACCUUACACCGCCUAUCUAUUCGAAGUGUCUGCCUUCACCUCUGAUGGAGAGGGACAGAUAGCCUCCACUAUGGUCCGCAUGCCAGAAUCAGCCCCAGAAGAUCCACCACAAAAAUUCUUUGUAUCGAAUAUGACGUCUAGAUCAAUCUCCGUGUCCUGGAGCUCUCCCAACAUUAUUACAGGAAAAUUCACCUACGUACUCUACCUUUAUGGACCCGCAGGAUAUAUGUAUGAGAACAACACAGCAGACACACGGUUUGCUCUGACUGGUUUGAACCCCUACACGGGGUACACGGUGGCCGUCCGAGCCAAAGCUGCUGGAGAAGUGGGUCCGCCAGCGCAGGAGGAUGUAAUUACACCAGCUGAAGCACCCAGUGCAGUGCAGGACUUAAUGGCAGAAGCUGAAGAUUCAGUUUCAAUCCUUGUGAGUUGGAGAAUCCCUGCCCAGCCCAACGGCCCCAUCACCCAGUACAAACUGCAGGUUCUGGUUGACGACAUUCUGCUGCAGGACAUCACCCUCUCUGCAGAAAUGAAUACAACUGGUUUGAACGAAGAUGUGACGCUUCCCCCUGACGUCAACAACAAUCCAGGGCGGCGUAAGCGAGCUGCUGAGCUCAGUGUGAUCACAUCACCGCCGACAUUCACGGCCACUAUUUCUGAUCGCACACUGCCCACUGGUGCGACUGCUUCCAGCCUCACACACUCUGGACAAAGCACUGACCACAUCACUAACACCAAUGCUCAACCAACUGCAAACUCCAUGGUCACUGAGAAGCCCAGCACCAGUUACAUUUCUGCUUCACACUCUAACAGCACAAAUAUUCAAUCUUCUGACUCUCCUGUCUCUGGGACCUCUGCACUUUCUCUUACCUCUGUGCCACCUGCUACACUUCCACCCUGGCUGACAAAGCAAACACAUCCUGGGGAUAUGACCUCAGAUUCCUCCCCCUUGGCCCUGACCCCAGGCCAGCUCCGUUUGUCCACACAUGAUGCAUCAAUUACGGGACAUUUUUCAACACGCAGUGCAGCCGCUUCUGGUACGACAGGUGUAACAGUGAGAGAGGAGGUGAUGGACGUUUUGUCUGAGGACUUGUCUUACCUGGUGUUGGAUCUGAAUCCCUUCACCGAGUACACGUUCAGGGUCACUGCUUCCACAACAGUGGGAGUGGGUCCUGCAACAGAUAUCACUGAGAAGACCAGGGAGCAGGUCCCUAGCUCAGUGCUCGAGGUGUCCUAUCAAAACAUCAGCUCCACCUCCAUACUAGUGAACUGGGUCCCACCACUCAACCCCAAUGGGCGGAUCACACAUUACACCGUCUAUGGCCUCGAACUGCACAGUGAUCAGGGCCUGCAGUGGGUUACUAGCACCGCCAGCAUAUUGAUAACAGAUUUGGACAAGUACACUGGUUAUAAGCUACGUGUAGCUGCAUCUACAGCUGUGGGAGAGAGCUCUCUGUCUGAGGAAGAUGACAUCUUUGUUCUCACCUUAGAGGACGAGCCUGACUCCCCCCCUGUGAACCUCACUGUGGUUGACACCAGCCCAUCCACCGCCACAUUGGCCUGGUCUACACCCGAACAAGCCAAUGGGGUGAUCAAACGUUACGAGGUCCUGUAUGAGAACGAGUCCUACUCAGCGUUGAUGAACGCGUCCUCUAACACAGUCACUCUGAUGAACCUGAUGCCAUUCUCCUAUUACAACGUGUCUGUGAUGGCGUACACGCGUUACGGCCACGGCAACCAAACAUCAGACACUUUAUACCUGCUGUCCGGAGAGGACGUCCCAGGCAGUCCUCCGUAUGGCGUUACUUACGAGUCGGUCAGUCCCAGCGAGGUGAACGUGACCUGGCAGCCUCCUCUGCUGCCUAACGGGGUCAUCACCCACUACAGCCUGGAGCUGUGGAAUUCCAGUCACAGCCUGAACCUCACCUCCCCAACCAACUUCAUCCACAUCACACAUCUGAGGAAGUAUGCACACUACUCCGUCAUGGUGCAAGCACACACGCUUGUCGGGUCCGGAAACUACAGCAGCGAGCCGCUCAACAUCACCACACUGGAGGAUGCCCCAGACACACCUCCUCAGUUCCUCCACGCCAGAAAGUUGUCAGAUUAUGAGGUAGAGUUGUCAUGGCAACCACCACUUGAAGCCAAUUCAGAGAUACUCUACUACACCGUGAGAGUUUGGAAUGAAACGACUGCGCAGUGGCAUAAUGUGACGGGGACAUCAGUGGUUAUUAAUGUAGACUCAGAGAGCAACUACAAUGCAUCUGUCUCCAGCUGGACCAGAAUGGGAGACGGAGGAGUGCUGCUCUACAUCACCUUUACCACCACCGAUGCAGAACCCUUUGACCCUCCCCAGAAUGUGACUUUUGCAAAUGCGACCGCCUCCUCCGUCACCUUGCUGUGGCACCCGCCUACUGAACCUAAUGGCAUUAUUGUACACUACACUAUUUACUACUCUGAAAACAACACUGUGGUUGAGCAGAGGGUUCCCAUUUCAGACUUAGCUGCACCGGCCUUUCCUGAUUCAGCCCUCUCUUACACUCUAACUCGGCUGAUUGGGGGCUUAAACUACACCCUGUGGAUGAGCUCUAGCACAGUGCAGGGGGACGGAGGGGUCCAGAGCGAGCCACUAACCCUGUUGUUACCAGAGGACGUGCCAAGUGACUCGGUCCACAACCUGACUACUAAGAGCUCCGGCUCCACAUUCAUCGUCAUCGCCUGGGACCCUCCCAUGGAACCCAACGGCCGUCUUAGCUACCUGCUCACCUUACAGGAGGCCGGCGUACCCCCGGACGCAUCCAACCAGGGGGCUCCAGCUGUCAACAAGACCAUCUUUCAUAACAGCUCUGAAAGUGGCUUCAUGUACACAAGACUCAAGAAGUAUUUCCCUUAUGUGUUCACUGUUACCCCGUCAACUGGUGCUGGCGCUGCCUACAACCAUACCAGCACAAUGUAUCUGAGGACAGAUGAUGAUAUUCCUAGUUCGGCUCCAAUGCUGGUGUACACCAGGAAUCUGUCGUCGUCCUCUAUCGCAGUGGUCUGGCAGCGCCCUCUGGAGGCCAACGGGGAGAUAACAGAGUAUACCCUCACUCUGUUUGGCCCAGGGGGAUCCAACACGACUACCCCCAACACCUCAUUCAUCCUCACCAACCUACUUCCAUACACAGCUUACAACCUCACUAUUACUGCUGCAACGCGUAAAGGCUCAGGGCCUUAUCUGCUGCUGCAGCUGCACACCGAUGAAGGAGGCCCCAUGUCCCCUCCCCGUAACCUGACUAUAUAUAACCACACAGACGUCUCUGUGUGGCUGAGCUGGGAGCCUCCUCUGGAGCCCAAUGGAGUGGUGAUACAGUACGGCUUCAGGAUCCGAGACCUCAUCACACACACCGUCACACACAGGAAUUCCUCUGGGCCGUCGACCACAGAGUAUCUCUCAGGCUUCAGGCCUCAUAGCUCCUAUGAGAUCAGUGUUUACAGUUACACCAGAGUGGGUCAUGGGAAUCAGUUCAGCAGCCCUGUGACCUUCACGACUAACGAGUCAGUGUCUGACGCUGUGGGGAACCUGUCUUGCUCAGGAGUGAGCUGGGAUUCAAUUCAGCUGUUUUGGGAACUUCCAGCCAACCCUAAUGGGCAGAUCAUUUUGUAUGAGAUUGUAGUGGAGGUAGACUCACAGUCCUACACACACCAAGCUCUCACACCAGAGUACAUAGUGACUGGGCUGUCUCCGGACCAGGAGUACGCACUCACCGUGGCUGCAGUCAACUCUGCAGGACCCGGAGACGGACUAAACUGUACUGCUUCCACUCUCUCUGAAUCAGCCCCAGCUGCCCCUCGCUCCCUCACCAUCUCUCAGGUCACACCUAACAAUGUGACACUUGAGUGGGCUCCACCGCUUUCCAUUCCCGGCCUGCUGAAAGAGUACCACGUCAUUGCACAGCUGCUUUCAACUGUUUGUGAACCAAACACAUUAACCACUGCGCAGCCUGCCCCUGAGGACGAGCUGACCUCAGACUGCGUGGACUCCAAUGUCACAGUGUCGGUGAAUGCUUCAGACGGCAUGGAAGAGCACCACAGCGUCACACUUCAAUCCCUGGCUAAGUACAGAUACUACCGCUUCAAAGUGGCCGCUGUGACCAACGCUGGAGUUGGAGAAUAUACACACUGGAAUUACGCACGCACCCUGGCUGGAAACCCUGAUGACCCUCCCCGGGAUCUGAAAGUGACCCCCACCUCCAACGGCUUUCGCAUUGCAUGGGACGCUCCAGCUGUUCUCUCUGGACCGACUUCAUAUCUUGUGCAGGUGGACGGUCCUGGUUUGAACAUCUCGAAAGUCCGAGCUCCAGGAGAGUUGACGACUGUCGUUGUGACUAGCUUGACUGCUUUCACUCGUUACUUGGUGACUGUCACGGCCUUCACUGGUCCAUUGGAGUACGCUGCCAGCGAAGGGAAAGCCAUCGGGCCUAUUGAAUUUCUAACGCUGGAGGAGGAGCCCAGAGACCCUCCCAAGAACGUGGUUGUGUCAGUUAUCCCAGAGGCAGUGAACCGUUUGAAGGUGACUUUUACCCCUCCAGAGGAGCCCAACGGAAACAUAACUGCCUAUUAUGUGUACAUCUAUGAAAAGGACCAGCUGGUCAAGAACAUCAGCCUUAAUAUCACAGGAAGAGACCAAAACAUGCUGACUGCUGUCAUAGAGGGCCUGAAGGGAGGACACAGCUACAGCAUACAGAUUUCAGCAAGGAACGGGGCUGGCAGGAGUCCACCCAGCCCCCUUGUCCAGAUAACUACAGGGAUCACAGCUCCGGCCAAGCCAACCCGAAGACCCGAGGCAGAGAUGGACCGUGGAGGGGUUGCCAUGGUAACCCACAGGAGUAUCACCAUCCGCAUGCCUGCCUGUUUCUAUAGGGACGACAAUGGACCAAUCACAAAAAUCCAGGUCAUCGUGGCCGAGUCAGGGGUGAAGGACAUCCAGAACCUGACCAACUGGAAUAGUGCAUUUUUUGGUCGUCCUGCCCCUUACCUGACCGACAAGGGGUUCCCCAACCCGCCAUGUUUAUCGGGGGACGGGGCUCCACUCACGGACGCACCUGUCAAUCUCGGUCGCAGUGUGUCUGGAGGCGGCCGGGCCUCGGCGAGGCAAAAUCACACUAUGACAAGAACGUACGUGAUCGGAGGGGACGAUGACUGUGUUAACAGCACUGAUCGGUUCUGCAAUGGACCUCUGAAGCCACACACAGUCUAUGUGUUUAGGUUCAGAGCCACUAACAUCAAUGGCCAAUACACAGACACUGACUACUCGGAUCAUGUCAAAACUGCAGUGAACGGGCUGUUGACCAGAGUUCAGCAGAUCAUUCUGGGUGUUGUGCUCUCCUUUGUCUUGGCUUUGCUGCUCAUCAUCAUCAUCUGUGGCUCCGUCAGGAUCCAUCAGCGCAAGAAGGAGGGCGGGACUUAUUCACCCAGAGAGGCAGAGAUCAUAGAGACCAAGUGUAAACUGGAUCAGCUGAUCGCUGUGGCAGAUCUGGAGCUGAAACAAGAAAAACUCAACCGGUAUUCUUCCUUCUUCUUUAGGCGGAAAGAGAUUUAUGUGAUCCAGCUGCUCAGCUACAGGAAAUCACUCAAGCCUGUCAACAAGAAGUCUUUUCUGCAGCACGUAGAGGAUCUGUGUGCCAAUGACAAUGCCAAGUUCCAAGAGGAGUUUGGUGAGCUUCCUAAAUUGCUGCAGGACCUGGCCACCAUAGACGCUGACCUGCCCUGGAACAAAUCCAAAAACCGCUUCCCCAACAUCAAACCUUACAAUAACAACCGAGUGAAGCUGCUGUCAGAACCGGGCACUGCGGGCUCUGACUACAUCAACGCCAGCUUUGUCUCAGGCUACCUUUGUCCCAAUGAGUUCAUCGCCACUCAGGGUCCUCUGCCUGGCACAGUGGCUGACUUUUGGAGGAUGAUCUGGGAAACGGGAACCCGCACCAUCGCCAUGCUCACGCAGUGUUACGAGAAGGGCAGAAUUCGGUGUCACAAGUACUGGCCAGAGGACAAUAAGCCCAUGUCAGUGUUUAGUGACAUUCUCAUCUCAAAAGUGUCGGAGGAAGUUCUGCCUGACUGGACUGUCAGGACCCUAAAAGUAGAAAAGAACGGGCACUACAUUCUGGUUCGCCACUUCAACUACACAUCGUGGCCUGAGCACGGAGUCCCAGAGUCCUGCAGCACUCUCAUUAAGUUUGUCAAAGCUGUCCGAGCCCACAGGCACGAAAACACCACCAUAGUGGUCCACUGCAGUGCUGGUGUGGGAAGAACAGGUGUGUUUAUCGCUCUCGACCACCUCAUUCAGCACGUCAGAGAUCACGACUUUGUGGAUAUUUACGGCCUGGUGGCUGAACUCCGCAGCGAGAGGAUGUGUAUGGUACAGAAUCUGGCCCAGUACAUCUUCCUGCACCAAAGCACGCUGGAACUUCUAAACAACAAAGGCAACAGCCAAUCCAUCUGGUUUGUCAGCUAUUCUGCUCUGGAGAAGAUGGACUCCCUGGAUGCCAUGGAAGGUGAUGUUGAGCUGGAAUGGGAAGAGACCACUAUGUAAAGACUGACUGGGGGACACCUUUGACUCCUGUUGGGAGGCGACCUCUGCACAGACUCUGGACUGGACCGCCUCCACCACUCAAAGUUAGAGGGAGGAGGAGGAGAAAAGAGGAAGCACUGUUUGAACUGAGCGAUCUGUCAGUCGACUAAGACUUUGUUGCUCCACUUCAACCCACUUCUCAGCACAAUCCUCCCUUUAAUGAACCUCCUGUCCGCUUGUUUUCAAAGAGAGUGAGAGAAACAAAAGGGAGACGGGGACAAAGAAUUUCAGGUCAGGUGAGCUGACUGAGAGCUUUGUCACAUCUGUAAGCCUGCAGGGACUUUGCACAAAAUGAUUUCACUGCAUAUUCUAAGUAUUGUAUUAUGUUGAUAUGAUCUAUGUUUUUGUAAGAUAAUUUAUUCAGCCAAAUGGUGUUUUUGUUUCAGUCUCAGUUAUUCUGACUAUGUCAAAGUGUUCACAGCAUUUUCGUUUUGUUUAUCCUUUCUCAAGAGUGAUUUUGAAAAAUAAAAGCAACUUGUAUUUUU